GGCGAGGGAUUGUGAUAAUCAGAACCUCAAGAUGGCGAGGGAUUGUGAUAAUCAGGACCUCAAGAUGGCGAGGGAUUGUGAUAAUCAGGACCUCAAGAUGGCGAGGGAUUGUGAUAAUCAGGACAUCAAGAUGGUGAGGGAUUGUGAUAAUCAGGACAUCAAGAUGGCGAGGGAUUGUGAUAAUCAGGACAUCAAGAUGGCGAGGGAUUGUGAUAAUCAGGACAUCAAGAUGGCGAGGGAUUGUGAUAAUCAGGACCUGAAGAUGGCGAGGGACUGUGAUAAUCAGGACAUCAAGAUGGCGAGGGAUUGUGAUAAUCAGGACCUGAAGAUGGCGAGGGAUUGUGAUAAUCAGGACCUGAAGAUGGCGAGGGAUUGUGAUAAUCAGGACCUGAAGAUGGCGAGGGAUUGUGAUAAUCAGGACCUGAAGAUGGCGAAGGAUUGUGAUAAUCAGGACCUGAAGAUGGCGAGGGAUUGUGAUAAUCAGGACCUGAAGAUGGCGAGGGAUUGUGAUAGUCAGGACCUCAAGAUGGCGAGGGGUUGUCUUAGUCAGGACCUCAAGAUGGCGAGGGGUUGUCUUAGUCAGGACCUAAAAUUUACACCAGGUUCAUUAUAUCUGUCAGAUCGUUAUAAAAGUAUUGUAAUUUACAAGGAAUGUCCUCUUAACUGUGAAAAGGGCGGAAGGAAGAGUUUCCGGAAUAACUGGGGUUUCCCGACAUGUAUAACAUACAUAACUGACAUAUUUAAUAUGCAUAUGGACAUAUGCAUCACUGAUAUACCAUCACCUCGAUAA